AGUACACAGUCAUUAACGAAGCCUGCCCCGGAGCCGAGUGGAAUAUCAUGUGUCGGGAGUGUUGCGAGUACGAUCAGAUUGAAUGCGUCUGCCCUGGGAAGAAAGAAGUCGUGGGUUACACCAUCCCUUGCUGCAGGAACGAGGAGAAUGAGUGUGACUCCUGCCUGAUUCACCCGGGUUGUACCAUCUUUGAUAACUGCAAGACCUGCCGAAACGGCUCAUGGGGGGGCACUCUGGAUGACUUCUACGUGAAGGGGAUCUACUGUGCAGAAUGCCGAGCAGGCUGGUACGGAGGAGACUGCAUGCGAUGUGGCCAGGUUCUGCGAGCCCCGAAGGGUCAGAUUUUGUUGGAGAGCUACCCCCUGAAUGCUCACUGCGAAUGGACCAUUCACGCCAAACCUGGGUUUAUCAUCCAGCUAAGGUUUGUCAUGUUGAGUCUGGAGUUUGACUACAUGUGCCAGUAUGACUACGUUGAGGUCCGUGACGGGGAAGACAGCGAUGGCCAGAUCAUCAAGCGUUUCUGUGGCAACGAGCGCCCAGCUCCCAUCCGAAGCAUGGGCUCCUCCCUCCAUGUCCUCUUCCAUUCAGAUGGCUCCAAGAAUUUCGAUGGCUUCCAUGCCAUUUUUGAGGAGAUCACAGCAUGUUCCUCGUCCCCUUGUUUCCAUGACGGCACUUGCCUGCUUGACAGAACCGGAUCUUACAAGUGUGCCUGCCUGGCAGGCUACACCGGGCAGCACUGUGAAAAUCUCCUUGAAGAAGGAAACUGCUCAGACCCUGGAGGCCCAGUCAAUGGGUACAAGAAAAUAACAGGAGGCCCUGGGCUUAUCAAUGGGCGCUAUGCAAAAAUUGGCACUGUAGUGUCUUUCUUUUGUAACAACUCAUAUGUUCUCAGUGGCAAUGAGAAGAGAACUUGCCAGCAGAAUAGAGAGUGGUCGGGGAAACAGCCCAUCUGCAUAAAAGCCUGCCGAGAACCAAAGAUCUCGGACCUGGUGAGACGGAGAGUUCUUCCAAUGCAGGUUCAGUCAAGGGAGACACCAUUACACCAGCUGUACUCAUCAGCCUUCAGCAAGCAGAAACUGCAGGGCGCCCCCACCAAGAAGCCAGCCCUUCCCUUUGGAGACCUGCCCAGCGGGUACCAACAUCUGCACACCCAGCUCCAGUACGAGUGCAUCUCGCCCUUCUACCGUCGCCUGGGCAGCAGCCGGAGGACGUGUCUGAGGACCGGAAAGUGGAGUGGGCGUGCCCCGUCCUGCAUCCCUAUCUGUGGGAAAACUGAGAACAUCACUGCUCCAAAGACCCAGGGGACACGCUGGCCAUGGCAGGCGGCCAUCUACAGGAGGGCCAGUGGGGUGCACAGUGGCAGCCUGCACAAGGACGCGUGGUUCCUGGUCUGCAGCGGUGCCCUGGUGAAUGAACGCACCGUGGUGGUGGCUGCCCACUGUGUAACUGACCUGGGGAAGGUCACCGUGAUCAAGACGGCCGACCUCAAAGUCGUCCUGGGAAAAUUCUACCGGGAUGAUGACCGAGAUGAGAAGACCAUCCAGAGCUUGCGGAUUUCUGCAAUCAUUCUGCAUCCCAACUACGACCCCAUCCUGCUGGAUGCUGACAUCGCCGUCCUGAAGCUCCUGGACAAGGCUCGCAUCAGCACUCGCAUCCAGCCCAUCUGCCUCGCGGCCCCUCGGGACCUCAGCACCUCCUUCCAGGAGGCCCGCAUCACCGUGGCCGGCUGGAACGUCCUGGCAGAUGUGAGGAGCCCCGGCUUCAAGAAUGACACGCUGCGCUCGGGGGUGGUCAGGGUGGUGGACUCGCUGCUGUGUGAGGAGCAGCAUGAAGACCACGGCAUCCCGGUGAGCGUCACGGACAACAUGUUCUGUGCCGGCCGGGACCCCACCGCUCCUUCCAACAUCUGCACGGCGGAGACAGGGGGCAUCUCGGCUGUGUCCUUCCCGGGACGGGCGUCUCCUGAGCCGCGCUGGCACCUGGUGGGGCUGGUCAGCUGGAGCUACGACAAAACCUGCAGCCACAGCCUCUACACGGCCUUUACCAAAGUGCUGCCUUUUAAAGACUGGAUCGAGAGAAACAUGAAAUGAGCCUCAUGCGCGUUGAGAAGCGUCCAUCCGAACAUGUGUUGCACGAGGCAAUGUGGACCUGAAGUGUGACUCUGCCCGUGAAUUUGGCUGGGCCAGGGCUUGUGAUUGCAGGGACAAAGCUCUGUGGAGGAUGAAUGGAGCUCAAGCUCUGGUAGGCCACUGCCUUCUUGACUGCUCGGACCAUUUGGAAGACACCGGAGCUGCUUGCAAGAACUGAGUUUCUUCAAAAAAGACUAUAAUGAGUAGCAAAGAAAAUGUCCCCAUUCAACCAACCUGGUGGCCUUCCUCACCCACCCUUCAGUGGUGUGAAUGUCAUAGUCAGCUCUGAUCCAGAGAGGGUUGACCAGGAGAUCUGGGCUUCGUGAGCUGUCUUCCAGGUCCAGCCUGACCAAGUUCCGAAGAGCUGCCUGUGGGACAGCCCAGGACAGUGGAGCUUGGAUGUGGCGUUGGCUUUUGUGUACAUUGUCACACUGUGUGGUCCUUUUCCUUCCCAAUUCCCUGUACACGUUUUAAUAAAACGAGGGUUGCCUUCUGACCUACA